ACAGCACUCUGUGACCCUGCGCUGCCCUGUUGACCUUCCGACCGCCCCUGGCACGUGCGACGCUGCACAUCCUCCUCACCAGCGGGGAAACUGAGGCAGGCAGGGCUCGACCCCGCUGUCCAGCGCCGUUCCCUGGCCUGGCGGGAUCUGCUGUGAGACAUCCAGGAUCUGGUUCUGUACCCAGUUCGUGGCUUGGAGGGAGUGGCCUCCUGAACCUGAGUCCAGCUAGGACUGAUGUCAGUCUCGUGCCCCAAAUAACUUCCUCCUAGGGACACUUCCGCCGCGGCCUCUCGUCCUGGAGCCCGGCGGGCGCACCCAGGGCAGGAACUGGACAGCCAUCCUGCCAGUCACAAUGCGGCCUUCCCAGAACAGCUCUUGUCACGCCCAGAAGCAGUACCGAGAGUUCCUGCCACCGCUGCCCAGGGCUCAACCAACCCCCAAGCCAGAGAACAUGAUGCGGCCCCGCACCCCUGGCCUGCUGCUGCUGCUGCUGCUGCCGCCGCCGCUGCUGCUGACAGCCGGGGCUGAAGGGGCCAGAGCUCCGAGAGCCUGCGGGCACCCAAGGAUGUUCAAUCGGAUGGUAGGAGGGGAGAACGCCUUAGAAGGUGAGUGGCCCUGGCAGGUCAGCAUCCAGCGAAACGGGACCCACUUCUGCGGGGGCAGUCUCAUCGCACCAACAUGGGUCCUCACCGCUGCACACUGCUUCUCCAACACUUCAGACAUCUCCAUAUACCAAGUCCUGCUGGGGGCACUGCAGCUGCAGCAGCCGGGACCACACGCCUUGUAUGUCCGUGUGAAGCGGGUGGAAAGUAACCCCCAGUACCAAGGCAUGGCCUCCAGUGCUGACGUGGCUCUGGUCGAGCUGCAGGCGCCUGUGACCUUUACCAAUUACAUCCUUCCUGUGUGCCUGCCGGACCCCUCCAUCGUCUUUGAGUCGGGCAUGAACUGCUGGGUCACUGGCUGGGGCAGCCCCAGUGAACAAGACCGACUACCCAACCCACGGGUCCUGCAGAAGCUUGCUGUACCUAUCAUUGACACCCCCAGGUGCAACCUGCUGUACAGCAGAGACACCGAGUCUGACUUCCAGCUCCAAACCAUCAAGGAUGACAUGCUCUGCGCAGGGUUUGCAGAGGGCAAGAAGGACGCCUGUAAGGGUGACUCUGGAGGCCCCUUGGUGUGCCUUGUGGACCAGUCGUGGGUGCAGGCUGGGGUGAUCAGCUGGGGCGAGGGCUGUGCCCGCCGGAACCGCCCAGGCGUCUACAUCCGUGUCACUUCCCAUCACCAGUGGAUCCACCAAAUCAUCCCAGAACUGAAGUUUCAGGGGAGGGCCGACAGCCCGCAGCAGCAAAGAGGCCCCCGAGGUUGGCAGCACUUGGAGAACUCUGCCCCCUGCCUGGCUGCCCAUGCAGUCAUGCUGGUCCUGGUAACACUGCUCACCAUCCUCUGAGCCUGCCCGGGCCAGGCAGCGGAGACCCACCCACUGUACAUUUGUAAAUAGCUCGGUCCCCCAUCUUA